CGCGCGAGAUUUCACGCGGCGCGGUCACGUCAUGCCGCUCCGUUGCCACUCGAUACCGGCCGAGCGCACACCCGAACACGCUCUCAGCAAACGACGAUACGUCGACGAACAUGUGAUCAGUGACAAACCAGAAAAAAUCAUAGAGUAAAACACGGACAAACUUUCCGCCGCUUUCACUUUGAGGUUAUAAUUUUUCCGGUUGCAAUUUUUCCGAACUCGUGCUCUUAAAUUUGCGAUUUGGCAGCGUAUACGGUAUCCGUUGCAUAACAAUGCAGCGAAGGCCGGACGUGGAAAACUUGAGUCUUUUCACGCCGGUGAAAUUUUUCAACUAAGUAUCCACGUGUGUGCGGUGUGCAGACAGAUUUAGGCCGAUUUUAAUGUAACGACAUAUGCUCCGUGGUGCCCUGUUACGAAACGUGCAAUGCAAAAGUUUUGUUCUGAAAAAAAGUUUGUUUGCUUAUCGUCAGAUGACAGUUAUCCGCUAAUUGCUUAACAAAAUUUCUUUUGGCACGGAUCUGUGUAAGUUUGCCCACCUUUAGCCUUCGUUUCACACGCCGCACCAAUUAUUUAAGUAAACAUUUGGCAUUUAUUGGUUUUUGUUUCGUCCAUUAUAAUUUUUCAGUUUUCUCUAGGUAAAUGAUUACCGUGUUUUUUCUCUAUGAUAUUUUCGGUACCAUAACGAGAGUUUUAAGUUUACCCUCAAGUGGAUCAUGUGUCAUUAUUAUAGUGCGUGAUUUUCAGCUCUCACACAAACGCCGUUGGGAAAUGUUUCUAGUAUCAGUUACCUUCCUUGUGUGAUGUCGAUUAAACCAAUACCAGUGUUCAGUUAGAGUUACUAUAACCACAAGUGAAUACGAUCCAGUCAGAAACAGUACGAAAGUGACACGGUACGUUGGGAAACUUGCGCGGUUUUGAAGAGACGAGAGUGUGAACCGUAUUUCGAAAGUGCAACUUCGUUAUCCAAUGUGCUGCUCUGAUUUUUGCUAAUCGAUAGCUAAAUCUAAAGAUUGACACAGAUCUGGCGAGCCCGCAAACAUCGGAUCGUUUGUGGCUUGUAAUCGAGAAGUGGCGGAUAACACCGAAUGGCGCAAUAAUCGAAUCAAUAUGCGAGCAACGAUGUCGCUAGAACACGAUACCAAUCGAACUGUCUGAGUACGCCGGGCGCUCAUAAACAUCUGUGAGGGCAUGAGUUUCGACUGUCACAGUGCGUUCAUACAAGUGAUUUUUUGAUUUUGUUGUUAGUGACUAUGCGUGUUGUGUAUGGACUGUGACGUUCGUGGGGGUAUGAGAGAAGGGGUUGUGCAGUGACGGCGCCGGGGCGGCUGCCAUGGGCGCGGCGCGCCAUGCAUCUGCGUACGCGCCCGCUGCGGUUGAUUCUCGCGGCGCUGGCGCUGGCCACCUGCGCCGCGGCGCCCGCGCCAGAGCCGCGCGCGCAGCGUUCAGCGAACCUCAGCCACAUAACGGGCACCUCCAGAAAAAUACAGAUGUUCCUCAAGAAUCGUUAUCUCCAGUUGCUGCCAGAUGGCACUGUCAACGGCACCACCGACGGCAACAGCGAGUACACGAUACUUCAGCGUGCGACGUUCAAGGUCGGCCUCCUGACGAUCCAGGGGGUCUACACCUGCCUCUACCUCUGCAUGGAUGCUUGCGGAUACCAAUACGCACAUAAGGAUCUCUCGGACGACUGUUUGUUCCAAGAGCAUUUAGAAGAAAACAAUUACAACACAUAUUCGCGAAUACGAAACGGUAAGAAGACCUUCUUAGCGCUGGACAAUCGAGGGCGGGCGAGGCGGACUCAGAUACCGAUGAGCCGACAGCUCGGGAACCUGUCAACGUAUGCGCUGACGCUAACCAGGAGAUGGGACGGACACGGACACAAACCGACGCAAUGCCCUCCGCGACGGCACAGAGGAAAACUGAAGAGGCCCCCACCGAGACAUAGAAACUGCCUGCAACGGCUGCAAAAGCAGAAUUUAAGACAUAAACGCAAGCACAAGAAGGCUAACAACCCCAAAAAGAAACAGAGACAUCCGAAGGCGCGGAGAAAACAUGAGAAUAGUACGACGACGACGACCGAAGUCAGCUGGGACGAGUCGACCAUGUCGACCAUGUCGACGACAACAGACGCCGAGUUUUUUCGCUCGGCGACCGCGCAGGAGGCGGUCGGUCGCGCCUGAGUCGCUCCUUAGUCGCGGUCGGGGCUGCCGUUGCGUUGUCUCACUAACACCGUUCCACGCUUACACGCGUUUGAAUCUCUAUAUCAUUCCUGUAGAGUGCAUAGAGCGUCAGCACUCGAAAACAUAGCAUUGCAUUGCUCUCUUAGACGGGUGGCGGAACUAGUGACCUGGUCGUUUCUCCUCUUGAUCGGUUGCGAAAACUUACUUCUUUCUUCUGUAGUCGUAAUACCCAAAUACUCAACUGAUACGAGUCAUGUAAAGAACAAACGGCGCAACUGCCCUGCAUUGAACAAUAAACUAACUGAUAUUAUUCUACCAAAGCUACUGAAAUCAUCUAUCUCAAUUUAUAUUCCUAGUUCGCUUUAAAAAUAUAGGUUUAUUGGCAAGAUUCCAUUGUCUUAGUUACUGUAUCAUGAAAUUAUUAAUGUAGAUAUUGCUAACUUAUAUUCGAUAAUCUCAAUUAUCGGAGCACUUUAAUUUAAACGAGUUGUGAUCAUCGGUCGGUAAGGUGGAACCGUGUUACGUGUUUAGAGCAUUCCCGUUCGUGGUGAUCCAAAUACUUCGGUACCGUUCAGUCUUAAUUUUAUUUGGUUCUUUAAUUUCCAAUAAAAGCCAAAUGGACUGUAAUAUCGGAUGGCACUAUAUUUGUUAUUGGUGUAUCGUCCGAAUCCAUUUGUUGGUCAACUCCUAAGAUUUCUAUUUAAUUACAGCUAAGUGAUUCGUUAAUGGACCUGAUAGAAGACUUCGGUUCCGUUACAAACGAAUAGCAUUUAUCGCCCCCAAAAAUCUUAAACACCCGUAAUUUUCCAAGUUUACAAAGUGCCCUCUCAAGAGCAUAUUCAAAUUAAGAAAUUAUCACUUUAAUUCCUUUGAUGGCCCCGUUGUGAACACGAAUAUUAAUAUCGAAAUUAGUUUACGUAUUUUAUUGCUCCGAUAUGUGUCCAUUUACAUAUGAAUGCUUUGGAUUGUCACGCACUGGAUUUUUGGGAAGCUUUUGUACUUAGAUUGAAUGUGUUGAGGUGUAAUUUCAUAAGAAUAUGACUGAGAUAUGGACUGAGUAAUGUAGUUUAUGUUGGUUUCGGUCUAGGGUACGAUAGGAUAAAGUAUGGUGCGGCGUAACGGCAUGCUUCUAUAUUCCAUGCUAAGGUGUCCGAUUGUCGGAGGCGAGUGGUCGUCGCUCCAGCAAUAGACUGUACAAUUGUCGAAACUGGAUAAAAGAUUGCGCAAUGCGAACGAUGCACUUAAAUCACGACCACUUGCCUCUAAAUCGUCCAAAAACGGAGUAGUGAUAAAAAACUAACAUCAGAGAAGUGACUAUUAGUAAGUAGUUUUUAAAACGUGUAUCUAAUUUGUAAAUUUAUUUAUUUUCCAUAGAGAAAGUGUAUUUUGUUAACGUUUUAGUUGAUGUUUUUUUAUUCUCUUUUUUCCUUUAGUUCCAACCGAAUGUAGAUGUGUAGAAUUUCAUACGCUUGUUAUUUUUAGUGAGCCAAUUUUAUUUGUAUUAUAAUUAUAAGUCCGUUCGGUAACAAUAUGUGCUCUGUAUGCAGUUUGUAUGGAAAUUAUGAAUGCAUUUGCAAAUAUUGAGAUUGGAUGGAUUCACUAUUACAUUCUACAUAUUCGAUAACCCUCGCAUUCUGAUAUGUGCGUAAAUCUUGUAGCUGGAACCCUUGUCACAUUGUCAACGAACAUUCUAUUCAAAUUUAAAUUCAAUUUGUUUUUCAAAUGUUUUUACAUUAAUGGAGCAAAAAGUUAUAAAUAUUUUUUAAUCUAUGCCCAAGAACUUUUAUUGUUUGUAGGUAGGAAGGAACUUCUUUGUGCUUUGUGUUUUAUUGAGCGCUUGACAAAGUAAGUUACUCCUCGGGAAUAUUACCCAAAGGGUCCAUCUCUCCAUAGUAAUUAUGAGUGUUACAGUCGAUUCUGUGAUGUCCAUAUUGCUAUUUAUACUUUUUCAAAUCAUAAUUGUUUUGUUGAUUAUUUAUUAAAAAUCUAUUUAAUAUCUUUUUAAUUCUAUACUGACUACGAUAAAUUAGUUUUACUUGUAUAAUCAAAAUUUACUUUUGUUUAUGACAUAUUAAUUUUUUACUAAAAAUUAUUAAUUUACUUGUCUAUAAUUAUAAAUAAUUAUGAAUAUAUAAUACUCAAUACCAUGAAUUACCUAUAUAAUAUAUUAACUUAGUUAAUAUUCAAUUAUUCUGUACGCUGACAAUGUGAAUAAGCGUUUUGUGAAUAUCAUUCAGCAAGCUUUAUGAAUGUACCUAUGUAUGUUAGACGAAUGAUAUUUUGUAUUUAUUAUGUAUGUAUUUAUAUAUUUUAGUUGAUCAACGAAAGCGACAAUAAAUCGGCGCUCAAGUAGCAUUUAGUGAGACCAAUAUGGACGAAAUUGGUUGGCGCAAUCCUAUACAUACUAUUAACGUACUAUAUUUUUAAAAGCGUUAAGAUUUCUUGUCACUUUUGUGCAAUAAAUUAUUAGAAACGCGGUUAUAUAAAUUUGACUCGUUAUUGUAUACUAAAUUAAUGCAAAUCGAUCUUUAUGUUAGUGUAGAAGCAGUAUUUUGGCAUUGUUAAAGUGGAUCCUUUACAGUAUCUAGUUUUGUAGUUUUUUAAUAAAUAAGAUUGUAAUGACAAUAGCUGAUCACUGAUUUUGUACAAUCAAAAAGUGGUUACAGGCAAGCUUUUAGUAUUGCGCGGCGGUAGCAAAUUCACUGUUAUCUAGUAACGAGAUUUAAAAUAAAAAAAGCAUAGACAAUAUUUAAAAACAAGUGUUCUUAAAACUAAAUACCCAUAGACUAAACAAAACAAAUGAAACCGUAUAUGUAGCUCAUAGACUAAGGAAUAUUGGUCCUUAAUCUAGAAUGUAGCUAAUAUUUUUAAAAAGUAUGCAAAUGACAUGUACAUUGUAUAUUAAUCGAUUAAUUUAAAUCGAUUUUAAUAGAAUAAUGUGAGUUUGCGAAGCACGCUAUCGAAGGUGUAAAAAUAUGAAUCGUAAGUUUAUCUUAUUUAUACAUGUGCCAUAUAACACUAGCCCGCCUGGCUAUACCUACCGAUCCAAUGUACACUUAAUCCCAAUACAAUCAAUGUUUUUUAUACCAUCCAAUAAAAUAUAAAUUUGUUAAGAGUGUUCAUGUCGAAAUCUGAUAAUUUCUGUGUUAUGUUAAUUUUCUUUUCAUUCACUACAAGACCACAUAUUUAAUAUAAUAAAUACAUUCUAAAAUAAUAAAGUUAACAUAUAAUACUGAUGUUGUCAGAGUUUGGGGUGAAUACUCUUAAAUCCAUACAAUUUAUAAAAUAUCUACUUAAUACAAAAUCAAUAAAAUCCAACAAUCCUCUGCUCUGUUUCACUUAUAUGUAUAUAAAACAUUAAUGACAAGAUGAGUCAAUGCAGUAUUAAUAAAUUAAUUUCGAUACAUUUACAUUUUACAAGUAAUUGAUGAUAAUGAAUAUGUGACAUUUGUGUUUACAAUCUUACAGUGCAUUUACAAAUUACAAUGUACAUUAAAAUUUCGAUACUGAUAAUUAUGAAAUCGUCAUGGUUAAAUGGUUCUAAAGUAGAAUUUAAUCACAUUUUUACCUACCUACGUAGUUUUACCAAAAGAUUGAUGGAAACUUUUGGACAAUAACUUUUUACAGCCUCUUAUACUGACAAAUAAAAAUGAUUCUACAAAUAUAAAA